CAUUUCACUUUAGUCCGACAGGUGGCAGCACAGGUGUACAUGUGAAUGGUGCUAUUCUAACAAAACAGAAGACGAAGAAGAAGCGGAAAAAUGUCGAAAAUGUCGGAGUACGAAACAGUGCAGAAGAGUUCCCUGAAAUUAAAAGGGGUAGGACACAUUUCAGCUGGGAAAAAGAAGAAGAAGAAGGAUAAAGACAGUAAGCAUCUCCUGGAGCAGGUCGUGACCAGUCAAAACGAUGAGGAGGUGAAAACAAAGAAAGUAUAUGUUGACAAAAGGACACCGGCACAAAUUGCCUUUGACAAGAUGCAAGAGAAACGGCAAAUGGAGAGGAUUUUGAACAAAGCUUCAAAGACACACAAACACAGAGUCGAGGAUUUCAAUCGCCACCUGGACACCUUGACAGAGCAUUAUGAUAUUCCUAAGGUCAGCUGGACAAAAUAGAAGAGGAGCAAAUGUUCACCACUUGUACAAAAAUCUCACACAUCACGUUUCUGUAAUGUAUAUUUGUUAUUUGCUAGGUUUUUAUAUAUAUACACACAAUUAAAAUUUGUUCAAAUAGAAUUCAUUUAUUCUUUUGUUGUAAUUCCUGGUGUAUACAAUAAAGGAUAUGAGUAAACAUA